GCGGCCUUUAAGUUCCGCGCGCCUUACACUGACACCCGCACCAAGAGCAUCCACACGUAAACAAUCAAGCAGCAGCCAGCAUGAGCCCGUCCACUCAGUCCAGCCGUCCCAAGGCCGCGUACCAGCGCGUUGUGGACAACUUCACUGCCAUCGUCGCCGUCCCGCUCGCCGCUGUCGCCCUCGUCACGAUGGCGCGGCUCGGGCCGGAGACGCUAGCGAGCCGGCUCUCCGAGCUCCAGCCCGUGAACGUCUUCCUGGCCUGCUUCCUCCCCGCCGCCGCGGCCAUCGUGUACCUCACGCUGCGCCCCCGCGCGUUGUACCUCGUGGACUACGCGGGCUUCCGCACCCCGCACAACUGCCGGAUCCCCUUCGCCAGCUUCCUGGAGCACGCCAAGCAGCUGCCGGCGCUCAACGAGCGCAGCGUCCGGUUCAUGACGCGUCUGCUGGAGCGCUCGGGGCUCGGGGAGGAGACCUGCCUUCCCCCGGCGCAGCACUAUAUACCGACCCACAAGUACUGCACGCUCGACGCCGCCCGCGCCGAGUUCGAGCUCGUGGCCUUCUCGGCGAUCGACGACCUGUUCGCGAAAACCGGCAUCACCCCUGACGCCGUAGACGUGCUAAUUGUCAACUGCAGCUUGUUCUGCCCCAUACCAUCCUUGGUCGACAUGAUCAUAAACAAGUACAAGCUGCGGAGCGAGAUCCGGAGCAUGCAGCUCUCGGGGAUGGGAUGCAGCGCGGGUCUCAUCGCCGUGGGGCUCGCGAGGAACCUCCUGCAGGUUCUUCCCCGAGGCGCGCACGCGCUGGUCGUCUCCACGGAGACCAUCACGCCCAACUACUACAUCGGCAACGAGCGCGCAAUGCUCCUCCCCAACUGCCUCUUCCGCAUCGGCGGCGCCGCGGCGCUGCUUUCGACGUCCUCCGCAAAGGCCCGGUUCCGGUUAAAGCAUGUCGUGCGCACGCUCACUGGCGCGCAGGACAGCGCCUACCGGUGCGUGUUCCAGGAGGAGGACGGCGAGGGACACCGGGGGAUCAACCUCAGCAAGGACCUGAUGAACAUCGCCGGGGACUCGCUCAAGGCCAACAUCACCGCGAUGGGCCCGCUCGUGCUGCCAGCCUAUGAGCAGCUCAUGUUCGCCUUCUCCUUCGUCGCGCGGAACGUGAUCGGCACGCGAGUCAUCAAACCGUACAUCCCCGACUUCCGCACGGCGUUCGAGCACUUUUGCAUCCACGCCGGGGGCCGCGCGGUCAUCGACGAGCUGCAGAGAAGCCUCAGCCUUUCCGACGAGCAGGUUGAGGCAUCACGGAUGACGCUUCACAGGUUUGGGAACACGUCCAGCAGUUCGCUGUGGUACGAGCUGGCGUACAUCGAGGCCAAGGGUCGCAUGCGGCAGGGCGACCGCGUGUGGAUGAUUGGGUUCGGGUCUGGAUUCAAGUGCAACGGCGCGGCAUGGGAGUGCAUCCAGCCCGCGCGCAACGCCGAUGGGCCGUGGGCCACGUCGAUCCACAGGUAUCCGGUGGACAUUCCAGAUGUUCUGCAGCAUUAGCUGCUGGAGAAAUGGAGAUACUUAUUCUUAAAAAAAAAACUGCUGGAGAUACUUCAGAUAUAGCACCAUCGAUCAAAGGACUGGCCCUAACAGAUUCCAGAGAUUACAUGUUCAUGGUUCAUUGAUUAAUAUGCCAUCUAAUUUUAAGACAGUGUUCGAGUGAAGCAUAUGUUAUUCAAAUAAUGCUAUUCAUAUCUAUUACUCCUUUUGAUCCUAAAUUCUUGUCGUUGUUUUGUUUUGAACUAGAACAAAACAUCUGGAACACAUUGUUAUCACAUAAGUCGGAGUGAGUACGACUUAUGUGACUUGAUUUGUAAAACUCUAUUUAUCUUCGUAGUGAUUUCUUAAAAAUAAGUUCUACACCAUUGAAAAAAUAAGGACACAUAUGUACAUGCUAGUAUAUGUAUUGUUGAUAACAAUGUAUUAUCAGUCAUCGGAGAUAUCAAACCAAUAAUAUGAGCAUAUAUCUUA